GCUGUCAGUUUCUUCUGCACUCGGCAAAGCUACCAAAACAAGUUUCUUUUUAAGCGUUCUCUGCAGCCGAAAUGCUUUUCUACUCGUUUUUCAAAUCGCUCGUGGGGAAGGACGUUGUUGUGGAGCUGAAAAACGAUCUUAGCAUUUGCGGAACCCUUCACUCGGUGGAUCAAUAUCUCAAUAUUAAGCUGACAGACAUCAGUGUGACCGACCCGGAGAAAUACCCGCACAUGCUUUCAGUAAAGAAUUGCUUCAUUCGUGGCUCCGUCGUACGCUACGUACAGCUGCCCGGCGAGGAAGUGGACACCCAAUUGUUACAAGACGCCGCACGAAAGGAGGCCGUAACGAGUGUGAGAUAAGCCAAACGCCAAUAGAACGUGAUAAGAUAAGAUAAUUGACUGGAUUUUCGAAUGAUGACAACCUAGACGUUACGUUGAAGUUGCAAAUGAAUGGCGUUGAAACUAGUAACAGCCUCAGGGUCUCAGUUAAAAAUGACUUUAAAACAGUCGAUACGUUGCGCCGCACAUUUGCCGACCUUUUUUUCGUUUGUCCAACUAUUCGAUCGUGUCCGUAAUAUUCAAUUAAGAGUAACAUUGGGGAAAUAGCACUCAACAUGUCAUCAAUUAAUGGAAUUAACGCAUUUUGUUGGUUUAUUCCGAUCCAGAUGGAUAAACGGUUUCUCAUUUCUCUUGCCUCACAAUUGCUCUUGUCUGAAUGCAUAAUGCAGUUUUCAUGCAUGGUGUAAAUGCUGUUGUACAUUGAAUGUUUCUAAAAGACGCCAGAAGAAAAACUCGGUAACAACAAUAAAUCAGGAGUAGCUACAAAUUUUGU